AUCGGGGGCUUUCGCGCCAUCGCACACGCGCGCGCGCGUCCUUGGCGCUAUAUAAUCUCCGAAGAAAAAACCGUAAGUCUAAUAUGGCGCCAAGGUCGUGGUCUGCACUUGAGACGGAUCUCGGCGACAUUAUCCUCCGCCGCCUCCAGCACCAUGCCGAUCGCGUCCGCUUCGGCGCCGUCUGCCGCCAGUGGCGCUCCUUGGCGCGGCGGAACGACCCACCAUCCCAAUUAUUCCCGUGGCUCGCAUUACCCAAUCGGACCUUCUACAGCCUGCCCGACUCCGCCUUCCAGCCGCUCCCGCUCUACCUCGAGCGCCAUCGCCAGCUGCCACACGCCCAGAGCUCCUGCGGCGAGUGGCUCGUCUUCGAGCGCAUGGACGGCGCGUACACGCUGGUAAACCCCUUCUCCAUGUCCACAACCAUGGUGCUCCCACGGCUGUCCACGGAGCCGCACUUCAUCGGUGACCCGCCACCGUUCAUGAGCAAGCUAGUGGUGUGCUCGCCUAACCUUGUCGCCGCGGUCGUUGGGGCGGGGUGGCCUCACAGGCUCGCGCUGUGCCGGCCAGGGGCAGCUUCGUGGUCGUGGGCCGACGACCAAGACCAAGUCAAGUCGCUUCAAGAUAUGAUCUGGCAUCGAGGCAAGCUCUACGCCCUCGACGGCAACCAUGGCCGCCUCCUCUCCGUUUCCAUCGGCGAGGAGAGUGACACCGGUGAGCCAACCGUGUCCCGAGUCGACGUCCUCGUGGAGGCCCCAAGAUGGCAGUUCAUCGAGUCGCCGCUGCAGUACCUGCUCGAAUCCGACGGCGCGCUGCUGAUGGUCCGCAGAGAAGAUCCUAACAUACAAAAUUCGCCCAUGGUCGACGAUUUCGGGGCUUUGAAUUAUGCAGGAGUAGGCUUGGAUAGGGCGACCGAGUUCAAGGUGUUCCAGGCCGACUUAGCGCAAUCACGGUGGACGGAGCUGAGCAGCGUGGGGGAAGACCGGGUGCUGUUCGUCCAGGGAUGCUGCUCCCGAGCUGUUCCUGUCCCCGACCGGUGCAAGGACUACGUUACGGGGGACCGUAUCUUCUUCCUGAGUGAUGCUGCCGCCCGCCCGUAUUACCGAAAGAACGUGUCCUUCUGUUGCAGCAUCUACGACAUGAGGAAACGGCGGUCUCACACGUACCUACGGACCAAGGUACGGCCACUGAAAGGCUUUCCCGUCGUGUGGCUGUUCCGUGGAUCAGACGUAGGAGUAUAGCUUCCAUGGCUAUAUGCAAAGUUGCAAAUACUACA